AUGGGCGCCAGGAAGCGUCAGGGAUCAGCAGACGCUGAGGGCGCUCCAGCUUGCAAGGUUGCGCUCCCUCGCCGCGGCAAGGCUUCGGGCAGUGGCGCCGAUCCCGUGGCCUGCGCCCGCUGCUCGGAGCCCGUGGAUCGACAGUCUGGCUUUCGAGGCAAGGCCAGCGGACGCGGUGGUCUGCCGAUGCACGGCUGCGACCAGUGCUACACGGGGUUCAUUCGCCACUUCCAGCAGGACAUGGCCUGGCAAGACUUUGUCGAGAGGUGCCAUGAGGACGGGGACUUCAACAAGGACCGCGAGAGUAAGUGGCAGGCCGACUCCGAGCUUGCCGCCAGUAUUGAAGAUGCUCUUGUGGAGCACGGCAGCGUCGAAGUUGAUGUGAUCUACGGCCAGGAGAUCAGCAAGACGUCGAUACAGUUAUCCAAGGACCAGUGGACGGAGAAGGUCUGCCCGAAAAGUGUGGCUGGCAUAUCGCCUGAGAUGUGCAUGGUGGGGGAGACUCGGGUUGCCUCUUCCACUCAACCAGGCGUGAGCUCGACUGGCGUCGUCUGCCAGCACCCGAGUAGGCCCUACACGGAGAUCAAGAACUACACCAGGACAGAAGUUCGCAUGAGCACGGUCAAGAUCACGGCCGCGAAAGCGGCAGCCUCAGGAGGAGAGCAACCGACGUUCAAGCAGGAGAUCACUAAGAUCAGACAGAAACAGGCGACGAUACUCAGAGGGAAUGCCAAAGUGCCGACGCUCGCCCAGUUGCAGGACAUUGCAGCCUCGGAGGCUACCAGCCGUGGGCUCCUGGGGCUCUACCGCUCGCCGAGCUUCGGGCGCCAGCUCUGCGACGCAGGCCAAGGCUGCUACUCCCACGUCGUCGCGGAUCGCGAGGCUUUCGUCAGGUCGCUUGGCUGCCGUGGAUUCGCCAGCAUGCGGACCUGGAUCACCUGCUCCAGGUCGCGACCGAUCGAGGUUGUUCCGAAGGCCGCGCAGGGCGCCCUGGCCAACGACAAGAUUCGGUGGGAGCAGCUGAAGCAGGACGUCGUCAUCUCUGACAUCCUCGACGGAGCCCUGAAAGGCGAUCGCGUGUACUCCUUGAAGAGGUUCAAGCCUCAGUCGCCCAGCAUGGCAAUCAUGGCUGAGACAUUGUACAAGAAGGCUGAGACAGCGACGCUACUGAGUAACAACCUGAGCGAGAUGAGUUGGGAUCAGAUCUGUGCACACCUCAAGGUUCUCUCAAAUGAGGAGGUCGAGAGCGCCUCCAGCUUUUCACAGGACCUGCUCAGGAAGUACUUGCAGCUGGCCGAGCCUACGAUCGAUCAGAUCACGGAUGCGAUCGUGCCUGUCGCAGCUUGCGCCGACGCCUUCAACAUGUACGAGCCCAAGCUCUCUAGCAUGACGGGGUCCAUCGACUCCAGGGUGGCGGUGUCUCGGGAGAUCCUCAUGGACAUCGUGGUGCUGCCUGGCUUGGAGAAGCCUGCCUUGGUCGAUCACAUGCAGGCGCUCGGCAUCAGGUUGACCGACCAGUUCAGGGCUACCAUGCCAGAGUGGAGCGCCAGCGUCAAGGACUACUACGAGAAGGGCCUCGAUGCUCUUACAUCUGCAAUCUCGUCCAUCGGCCAUUGGAGGAAGACGUGCCGUGGCAAGGCAUCGUCGACGCUGAAGGCGGAGCAGGCAGUCGAAGACACCAUCAAGAGGCUGGCAACUACGAUCAUCGACAGUUCCGAGGCCCUCGUCAACUUGGACGUCUUGGGCAAGCUCGAGGAGAUCAUGCACCACUUCUCUGUGGCUGCGGAGUUCGCGCUGGUCGAGGAUGGUGGUAGACUGGCGGGUAUGUACGCUCGCUUGCUGGACAAGCGCAACGCUGCCGAGACCUGCAGGGGCGAGACUGAGAUCCUGGAGGCGGCUCGCAAGUACCUAAGCGAUCCCAUCGAGAAUAACGCGGACGCUCUGCACAACACCCUCCAGCGCAACAUGAAAGUUGCCAUCGGCGGGGAGACUGAGAUCACCGUCAUCGCGAGGACUGUAGCCCUGCUCCACCAGACGAUCGAGCUGCUGAGGACGAGCGACGUUGACGAGCUGGUGAAGGGACCUGAGUUCAGCACGUUGGUCCGCAGGGGCAUGCUGCUGGAGGGCAUCGGGGACCUUCUGAUGAAGACGAUCAAGCACGACGGCGACGGGUCCAGCCUCAGGGUUGCCAUCAACAUGAGGGGCUACGAUGUGAGGUCGAACCUCCAGAUGGCACAGUUGUUCGCGAAGUUCUUGUGUACAACAACGGACCAGGAUGCAGACUACCAGAUGAUCAAAGACGCAUUCGAUGAGCUUUCAUCGAUGAUGAAGGUGCUUCCUGCGACGGCGCAGUAUGGCUUCGAGGACUUCAAAGCAUUCUCAGCGAUCGUGGACCCUUGGAAGCCUGCCGCCGUGAAUGCCAUGAACAUGUACUCCCAGUCACGCGUGGGAGAAGCAGUCAGGGCGGCGAGCGAGGUCAGCAAGAAGCUUGCGAGCAUCGCUGGUGGCAUGAGCGACGGUAGCGGCUGGCUCGAUAGCUUCGUUGGUGACCAGUCGAGUUUCGACGAGAUCUACGCCCACAUGCGGACCACGAUCUUUCGCCAGAUCGGCAUCAGCAACAAGAUCAAGUCUCUCGAGCGUGAGCUUCGCGAGAAGCAGGCCGACUUCACGAAGAUCGCUGGCGACUUCAACGUUCCAGAGUUGGGCUUCAAAGAGGCCCGAGACGAGUGGCAGCAGACAAUGGCAAAAGCAAACUUGACGGUGUCAGUGGCUUCGCUGGCGCAGUCGGUGUCGUCGAAAGGGCCUCAAUCGGUGGAUGCACUCCAGCGCAGCAUCGACGCGAUGCAGGCCAGGUCAGUGGCCGUGGAGGCGAUCCCGCCAGCGCUGUGGGCCGAGGUCCAGCGCAAGCUGGCGCAGUGA